AUGGAUUCGCGUCUUCGUAACAUCCUCGUUAGACGAAUUCACCACAAUGAAAUGCGUGCCACAUGGAACAAAGUUUACGUCAUAGGCGGGGCUGCCAUAAUGAAAACGGACCUCUUCAAUUACCUGAAGAAAUUCGUCGAAAAUUUCCUCCCAAUUCAAUACCAAGUGGAUGGAUUGGGAAACAACUCAUAUUUCUACCUGGACGAUGCAUCUGCUGCAGCAUCCAUAUCACGGAUAAACUUCAAUGAAUCGUCAUGGCACUUUCCUGGAGUAUCUAUUCAAGUGUCCACUAUAAAGCCAUCGAUAUACCUCGAUUACAGCAUCAAAGAAAAGAUAAAAAGCGUCAUCCUUCUAAAGUGUUACAACAGAGCUGAGAAGUCGCUAAAUCUCUGGAGACUACACACAGACCCAGAGCUCGUCGACUGUGGACAUUGCGCGCUGUGCCAUCCAGAUGUGAUGGCUUACGUCCUUUGGAUCAUCGGCACAGAUCUGAGUUACCUCAAAAAGCUGAACUUGGGGAAAAAUGGCCUAAGCAAGACCAACAUUUUGAAAAACUUGGCAUAUAUAGCGCCAAGACUUCAAUACUUGAAUCUUAGCGAAAAUCAGUUUUCGGACAUGAAAGCGCUGAGGAGCAUAAAAGGUCUCCCUAUCAAUGAGAUCUCCCUAAAAGGCAACGUAGUGUGUCACACGUUCAAAACUGAGGAAGACUAUCACCGGGUACUCCUCGAAUUUUUCCCAAAACUGGAAAAGAUCGACGGCAAAAGGGUGGCCUGGGUCAGACCUUUAGGCUUCUAUGUGGAGCCCGACCCUCGCUUUCCGCAGUGGAUUGGGGACAUCGUCGACCCUAUGAAGGGUACGGAGAUCACCAUGGAAUUCCUGGAUAGAUUUUAUAAAAUCUACGAUGGCCCUGCCGAGGGCUCGAGACUCGCUCUUUCUCGAGACUACCACGAGGCUGCGACUUUUGUACUUUCUGCAGCCUAUUACAGGCAAUCUGAGCUUGAACCGAGAGGUGCAAGCUUGUCCUCAUACACGCCCAGCCUUGCAAGAGAGGUCAAAAUUGACGGCAACGCAGCCAUCGUCGAGUUUCUGGCCGGCUUGCCCCAGACAAGACACGAUCCGUCAGCGAUUACGUUCCAUUUGACAAAAUGCUACAAGACGGAGAUCGCGUUUGAUUUAACUGGCUCAUUCAACGAGCCUCAAACGGAGGGCAUCCCUUGGAGGCACUUUCAUCGCAAGUGUGUGCUUGCCCGCUUCGAGACUGGAGUCAUUAUCGUCCAAGACGAGCUCCACGUGACCAACGCCAAGACCAAUGCAGAUCCUGGCUGGAUGCCGAGUUAAUUUAACCAGUUUUAGAUCAGAACAAAUUUUUAAACAGUACAAAUUAUUUCGAUGCUGCGUGCAAAGAGAAUUCUUCCUCGUUUCAGUUAUAUUGCUUUUAAAUCUGCUCAAAGACUGAGAAUUGUGUUCAUUGUUCCUUUAUAUAUACAUGUAUAUGUAUCUGUAAGUAUAGUGUGUAUGUAAGUGUACAAAAACAAUUUUUCUUAUUGAUAUGUGCUAAUACUAACACAUGCUAAUCAAUGUCUUGGGCUGUCUCUCUUUCUCCUCUAAGUGUGACUUAAAUUGACCUUUUAAAUUGAUAUUUUUAAAGUUUGAACAACGUACAAUUAUUGACAUCGCAUAUUUACUUACUUUUAUUUUAAUUUGAACUCAAUAACAUAUAUGAGAUGCUAUAUAUAUAAUUUAGUACUUAAUGUGGAAGGGUUUCAGAUCUGGACACUACAGUCAUGCGCUUCUUUUCAAUUUAGGUUGCUAUCCUAAGGAUACCAUUUGUA